UGGGACACCGUUUCUGGUAACAGUCAUCUUACAUGAAUGGAGAAGGGAAGUGAUAGAGCAUGAAUGGUCUCUUGUAGUGCAUCUCUGCAAAUAGUAUUUCAAUAUAUACAUUUCUUUUGUACAUGAACACAGCACCUACAUGUCGUAAAGAUUAAAGUAUCGUAUUAGUUUCGAGUUACGAAGUUUGCGAUCAGAUCAUUCUUUCAGACCAUUGGAUUGUUCCGGACUAGUUAACGGUAUCAACAAAUAACCACCAGACCUUAAUAAUGUUGCAGAAAAUUCUUGCAUUUCCAGUUGAAGAUCAAAUCUUUUACGCUGUCCUGGUCUUCUCAUGGACGGUGUAUAUUUGGGAGGCCUACCUCGCUUAUAGACAGAGGAAAGUCUACAGGACUACAAUGCAUGUUCCCACGGAGUUGGGUAAGAUUAUGGAUUCAGAGACCUUUGAAAAGUCUCGUCUCUAUCAGCUGGACAAAAGCAACUUUGGCUUCUGGUCUGGACUGUACUCUGAGACAGAGGGCACGCUGAUAUUGCUCCUGGGAGGAAUCCCAUUCCUUUGGAAAAUGUCAGGAAAUCUCACAGCUCAUUUUGGUUUUGGUCCAGAGUAUGAGAUCUCCCACUCUUUGGUGUUUCUGAUGUUAGCAACUCUCUUCAGUGCUUUCACUGGACUUCCCUGGAGCCUUUAUAACACAUUUGUUAUUGAGGAAAAGCAUGGAUUUAACCAGCAGACACUGGGUUUUUUCCUGAAAGAUGCUGUCAAGAAGUUUGCUGUGACUCAGUGUAUUUUGCUGCCAGUGACAUCAUUACUCCUCUAUAUCAUCAAGAUCGGUGGCGAUUAUUUCUUCAUCUACGCCUGGCUCUUCACUCUUGCUGUCUCUCUGAUCCUGGUGACUAUCUACGCAGACUACAUUGCCCCCCUCUUUGAUAAGUUCACGCCACUGCCAGAUGGAGAGUUGAAGAGUGAUAUUGAGAGCAUGUCAAAGUCCAUCAACUUUCCCCUCACCAAGGUCUAUGUGGUGGAAGGCUCCAAGCGAUCUUCCCACAGUAAUGCCUACUUCUAUGGAUUUUUCAAAAACAAGCGCAUUGUGCUGUUUGACACGCUUUUGGAAGAUUAUUCCCCUUUAAACAACGCAGGAGGGACAGAGUCAGCAACAGGAGAGGAGAACCAGGGGGCAGGAAAUGAGUCCAAACCAAAGAAUAAGAAACAGGGCUGUAGUAACCAUGAGGUUCUGGCAGUACUUGGACAUGAACUGGGUCAUUGGAAACUGGGCCACACAGUCAAGAAUAUUGUUAUCAGUCAGAUGAACUCGUUCCUCUGCUUCUUCCUUUUUGCUGUCCUGAUUGGUCGAAAAGAACUCUUCAUGGCCUUUGGUUUCCAUGACAGCCAACCCACCCUCAUCGGACUGAUGAUCAUCUUUCAGUUUAUCUUCUCGCCUUACAAUGAGUUACUGUCGUUCUGUCUGACAGUAUUAAGCCGGAGGUUUGAGUUUCAGGCAGAUGCAUUUGCACGCAACAUGGGCAGAUCAUCUGAGCUUUAUUCAGCACUCAUCAAGCUCAAUAAGGAUAACCUAGGCUUCCCUGUAGCAGAUUGGCUCUUCUCUACGUGGCAUUACUCUCAUCCUCCACUGCUUGAGCGACUUAGAGCCCUCACUGGACCCAAGCAGGACUGACGGCUUUGCAAGGGGGGGCCACGUUCACCACUCGCUCCCCCGAGAAAGGGUCUCCGCCGGCCACUGUUGGCACUCUGAUACCGAUGCCUGUUUCUCUCUCUUUGCUCCUCUCUCUAUUUUCCUUUCUCUUCGUAAGUGUUUGGUUUUGUCAUUUGUUUGUCAUCAGCGUGAAAGAAUAUCUAAGUAGUUUGCUGAUGGCUUUAGGAAACUGGUCAUAUUAUUUACAUGAUUUUUUCUGAGGCUGUAUGAUCUCUGUGUUUCGCUCUUGAUCAGGUUUCUUUGUUCUUGAUUUUUAAAAUUCCAAUAUGCAUUUUAACUGUGGAUCCUCCCCUCCUGUUUGUUGUAGAGCCAUACGUUUCUACUUUAAUUUAGCAUCAUCCAAUGUUUGAUCCACUUUAAACCAUGAGAGAGAAAGGAGGUUAAAACAUCUCAAUGAGACCCUCAGCACCUCACGAAAGAUUAUUUGCAGUAGAAGACAUGGUGCAGAUGACAAAUGUUAUAAAUGAGAACACUGUUUUGACAUUCAGAUUACGAGGACUUCACUAAGAAGAGAAUUUCUUAUUUGACUUCUUUUAUUAAGCUGUACGACAAAUAAAAUGCCUAUUCAGUUUUAGUUGUCUUGACAAUACAUUCUGAAAUAUACAAAAGUUUCUUUUGUUUUAAUUUUGUAACCAAAAUGAGUUUGAACAUUUGUGUAAAUGUAAGACAUAUGAGUGACAUUAACAGGCAAAAAUGACACAGUAUUUAAUGAAUUAUGUUUUAUUAUUUAGGUAAUUUUUUUCUCUGUGCCUGAGUGUGCUGGACUGUUGCAAUGAGUGUGUUUUUGAGAACUUUUUCAUUUAUUCUUUAGGUCUAAACCCUGAAUAGAUAAUAAAAGUUUUGCUGAAGGCA